GGAGCCCUAAGCAGGUUUUGCCUGAUUCAGGGUUGUAGAACAUCAAUUAUAAAAGUCAAUUUUUUUUGGUACUUCUCUACAGUAUAAGAUGAAACAACUCUGUUACAUUCCAUACCAACACUCCAAGAGCAAAAGUUCGAUCCCGCAGUAGCGCGAGGACGCCGUGAAGUCAGGUCGCUUCGCCGGCGGAUUUUGGUGUCAGCCAUGUUUGAAUUUCCGGAACAGUCCCCGACUUUUCCCGAGCUCCCCCGACCCAAUCCGACGAGUAGUCACGUGAUUACUGUGACCUUUCUGCGUGAGGUCAACAGCUGGUCAACAGAAAGCGCGCGGUUCGUGUGUGCCAGUGUUGUCUUUUUUUCUCACGUGGACGAUACCGCUUUCUUUCGUGCGCUCUUCGAGUUGAUUUCUUCCCAGUUCGAUAUGUCUGGACGCCCCAAGAGGACAGCCGCAGCAAAAGCCGGUCAGCUUUUUCGUAUGCUGGCGGACGCGGACGCUGAAGAUGUCCAUGAAGUGCGAGGAAGGGCGUUCGCACGGCAUAAUGUAGACAGAGCCGGGCUACUGCCAUCUGAAGGAGCUGAAAGCGGAGCUUCUCCUAUGGAGUGCCCCCAAGGAGCUGCUAGCGCAGCUUCCCCUAUGGAGUCCCCCCAAGGAGCUGCUAGCGCAGCUUCCCCUAUGGAGUCCCCCCAAGGAGCUGAAAGGGCAGCUUCGCCGAUGGAGUCGGAGACAGAGAUGGACAUCUCUGGAGUGUUCAGCAACCUGUACGUUGAAAGUGACGAGGGGAGUGAGAUGGAGGGCAGCACGACUCCCCCUGGCGAGGAAAGCGAUGGGGAAACCUAUAGCCCCCCCUCUAACCUGACAACCAGGGGAGCCCGCGGUACGCGAGCCCGCAGUAGGGGAGCCCGGGGUACCAGAGCCCGGGGUACCAGAGCCCGGGGAACCAGAGCCCGGGGUACCAGAGCACGGGGUACCAGAGCCCGGGGGACCAGAGCACGGGGGACCAGAGCACGGGGGACCAGAGCACGGGGUACCAGAGGUGGGGGCACCGGAGCUGGGGGCACCGGAGCUGGGGGCACCGGAGCUGGGGGCACCGGAGCUGGGGGCACCGGAGCUGGGGGCACCAGAGCUGGGGGUACCAGAGCCCGGCGAAGACACGUGCCCACACUAUCAACUGACGAACAGAGAGAAAGGAUGCUGCAACUGCGAGCCCAGAGGGCCAAGAAGUUAGAGAAUAGGAUAAAUCGCCUGAGUACGCAACAGCUGAGGACGCUCGUCCACAAGAUGGCGACUACGCAGCCAGCCGUCAUCAUUGACAUUAUGAUGCUUGAUGGAUGGAACAUUGAUGAGGACAAUGCUGAGGGUGGGGGUGUUGCUGGCGGCGUUGCUGAGGGUCGUGACGUUGCUGGAGAUGCUGUCGUUGCUGAGGGUCGUGACGUUGCUGGAGACGCUGUCGUUGCUGAGGGUCCUGACGUUGCUGGAGACGCUGUCGUUGCUGAGGGUCGUGACGUUGCUGGAGACGCUGUCGUUGCUGAGGGUCCUGACGUUGCUGGAGAUGCUGUCGUUGCUGAGGGUCCUGACGUUGCUGGAGACGCUGUCGUUGCUGAGGGUCGUGACGUUGCUGGAGACGCUGUCGUUGCUGAGGGUCCUGACGUUGCUGGAGACGCUGUCGUUGCUGAGGGUCGUGACGUUGCCGAGGGCGGUGUCGUUGGUGGUGGGGCUGGAGGUGGCGGAGAUGGUGGGGCUGGAGGUGGCGGGGCUGGAGGUAACAACAUCGUACCAGAGUGGUGCACUUGUGGAAAAUGCCGAAACAUGCCGACGGACCAGGAGAAAAUCUGUUGUGGUGGUGGACCAGAGUCCUGUCUCUCUGAAUGUAAUGACAUGGUCAUGUACAUCCUAGACCCUGGUGUGUUGCGGAUAAACAGGUUCUUCAGAAACGACCUGCUUGCCUUGCGAGAUCCACAGGAACCAGGGUCGGACCACAGGGAGUCUCGGCACGCAGCAUAUAGGACUUUUGUGUUGUGGCAGUAUGGCCGGUUGGGGGAGGGGAACAGGGUUGUUGUCCCUAGUUGUUGUGUCCUGAAAAUCCGAAAAAGGUUUCCUGAUCCAUUCGGCAUAUACACAGGCUUCAUUCCACACCGACUGAAUUAAACCGCAACAAAAUACAGCUCAUAAACACUUAACAUAACACUUCUUGGUUCAAAACAACAUCAUACUUUGAAUCUUUAAAAAUUAAAUACAAUGUUGAUAAAAAGGAUUGCAGAUAACAUCUUUUAACUCUUAACAUGUGAUAGUGGAGAGCAAGGGGUGGUGACGAAGGCAAUUAAAUGCAGAGCAGCCAUGGCAUUGGAACCCUGUAUAAUCUAAUAAAUCAUUCAUUAGUAGGUUAUAUGAGACAAGGAGAAUUUAAGGUUGAUACAAUUUCACAUCCUCCUACGCAGGGGCAUCAAACAGCCAAACUGCCUUUCAGGAUGUGCCCUGCUUUUUCAACCGUCACCCUUAGGUCCUGACCGCCCUGCUUAUAACUAUUAAUGACGAUACCCUUAUACAUGCAAGACAGCUUUUGAAGCCUAUUCUCUGGCUGGCAGCUGAUUUUUCUUUUUUUGGGGGGGGUGGGGGUGGUGGGAUGUCCACAGGA